AUGCCGUCUAUACACAACAAAAGAACUCCACUGCAACCCAGACACAACAGGUCCAACGCACCUCUGCGAUUGAACGAAGCUCUUGCUGCUAUGAAGAGAGGCGACCAACCCAUUGACACCUGGAGGUUCGCCAAAAACAUGUCAAUCAAGGACCCCUCGCAAACCAUCGCGACCAUCGGAAAAGCCACAAACACUCACAUCCACUAUGAUAACAAGUUCGAGUUCAAGUUCUGGGGAGCUCCUGAUGAUGUAAAACGCGCCAAAGUCGACCUCACAACCAACAUCUUGCAAGACAACCCAACCUUUCAACACCAGCAGGGUGCUGUUGGGCCCCCUCGUGAUGCCCAGUUCGAAGCGAUGGGAUCCUUUUUGUGGCCCGCCGAGGAAUAUGAACCAGCCAAGGCACUUGGUCAUCGAAACUUCGAAAGUCUGAACCCGAUUCGCAAGGAGAACAACUGUGUCAUCAACUACGAUAGUUCGAGAUCGUCCUUCAUUGUCAAGGGCAACAUCGAGGACGUGCAAGAAGCUCUUCUGCGUAUCAGAGGCCUCCUCUGCAAGGCUGUCGUUCAGAGCUAUCCAGUCCAGAGACUCUAUCUGGUUCAGAAUGAUUGUCAAGAAGUCAUCCUCAAGGAUCUCCCUCUAAAAGUGGUUUACCAGGCAGGUGCGCAAUCACAGUCAAGUCUUAGAAAGACAGUAAAGAGUAUUGGAGCCAAACCGAAAGUGGAAGACAUUGCUCUCAACGCGAAACGAAUGAAAGACCUUGUCAUUCAGACUCUGAGCAAGGUACACUGGCAUCAGGGCCACAUCGAUAUGAGAGUACAUCUUGGAAAACUCAACCUGAUCACAUACCAGACUUUCGACAGAAAGAGUCUGCCUGAUUACAAGGAGAUGAUUUCGGACUCUUACAACUUCCGAGCCAAGAUCACAGAAGAUCUGCUUCUUCGAUUCUUGAGUGCCACGAACUCACUCAAGCCUUGCGAUCGUUUCGUCUAUGAUCUUGCCGAUACUAAACCUGAAUACAUAGCUUCCAUUGAGGUUGACAUCAAGGACGGUCGCGGCAAUGUUCUAAUCACCAAGAAGUGGCACCAGGAGAAUGGCUCAUUCUCUUCAUCUAAUCCCGAAUUCAAGAGGAUGGUUGAAAAAAUCGGUCGUACAAGAUUCCUUGAGGUGUAUCUUAUGGACACACUCAGUGAUCUCACAUGGCUGCUUGACAUCUCUGCACUCGAAGUGCCAGAAUCAUCCCACCUUCCGCAGUGGGUCCGAGACCAUGGUGAGUACUACGUCAACCUGAAGCCUGACAAGGCGCGAAAUGCGGAAUCGUUCUGUGACUUUGAGACGUACGAAGGUAAACUAAAGCCUCUUGCCCACAAAAGAGCCAUCAGGGAGAAGAUCAUCUGGAGGUUUGAAAUGAAGGAACCCUACGCUGGGUAUGAGGUGGAGGUGGCCAAAGUCUUCAACAGGGUUUAUACGGAAUCUCCGAUCGGAGGCAGAGAACCCGUCACUACGUUUGAAGAACGCUGGACAGUCGAUGUCAAGCAUCGCCAAUGGUCAAGUUUGCUCUCGGAGAAUCACGAGCUUCGCGCUGGGAUGGGUGCAGAGUGGAAGGCAGACAUCCAAAGCUGGUUCCCGGUGGAAUCGAACGACACAAACGAGAAGCUCAAGGGUCAUGUCGAGCUUUUGCAUGCGUUGCAGAGUGUGCAGGAUAUCGUUCUCGGCAAGAGAAAUUGA